AUUCUCCGAUCAGAUCCAUCAUCAUCAUCAUUUAUCCAUUCAAUCUUCUCUUAAUCUUUAAAAUCAUGAACAAAUCAAGCGAUUGCAAACGUAUAUUCGAUCGCUUCGAUGAAGAUGGCGAUGGUAUGAUCUCUCCUUUAGAGUUGCAACGCGGAGUCGGAUUGAUUUGGGAGGAAGAAGUUCGAAUCGAAGAGGUGGAGGCUGUGGUUGAAUCGUUGCAGGUAAACAACGGACAAUUAGCGUUUGAAGAUUUUGUUAGUUUAAUGGAAAGCCAGAAGGAAGAGGAGAAACUUGAGGACUUGAGAAGAGCAUUCAGAAUGUACGAAAUGGAUGGGACUGAUUGCAUCACACCUAAGAGCUUAAACCGGAUGCUGAAUCGACUCGGUGAGUCAACCAGUGUGGAUCAGUGUGUUGGUAUGAUCAACCAGUUCGAUAUCAAUGGUGAUGGAGUGCUCAACUUUGAUGAAUUCAGAAUAAUGAUGCUUUGAAAUUGAUGGAAACAGCGGAUCUUAUUAAUUAAAUUCAUUUUUUUAUUAAAAUUUUAUUUUACUCAGAGUUUAUGUAAAUAUUCUAAGUACUUUACCUUGAUUUCUAUUUUGUAUUUUGGAUAAUAUGUUUUUAAAAUUUUCAUUUUGGUAUCUAAGGUGUAAAGUUUUAAACGUUUAAGUACCCAUAACGACGAAUUGGCAUCUAACGCA